AAAGCGAUUGCAGUUUGGCAAGAUUUAGGGCUUUCUGCCAGCGACCUGUGUGGGUGUUUUCCAGAAUUUUCUGCAGUGGAUCGUGGCUUGUGCCGCAGUGCACUUGCUUUUUAAACGUGGAGGAGAUAAGAGGUGCCGAACAAAAAACUUUCUGUGCAACAUAUUAUGGAGGAAUACAAAACAAUUAUAAAAACUUCUGAUCUACCUCACGAAUAUAUUUAUGACGAUGACAAACUAGUUUCGAACACGCUGGAGUCCGAAUUAAAUAAACGAGAUAUUUUGCAUUCGGCUGCUGUUGCUGCUGAAGCCAAACCGAAAACAAAAAAAAUUUCGCGCUCCAUUCCGCCGUAUCCGCAUGCGGCUCGGCUGAAAUAUGGUGUUCGUGUUUAUGAAUAUGGUGAGCCCAGGAAACAAAGCUACAGAUCGAAUUUAUGGAAGGAGGCCUACAGUAUACUCCACCCGCGAUUGGACAUUGAAGAGACAAUCGCAGGAAAGGAAAAACUGAGAACGCAGAUACAUCCGUGUUUGCACAGGAUUAAAGGACUUUUGGAUCCGGACACCUGCCCCAAUUGUCCGCGGUGUCAAAAGCCCAUUUCGUCCACCAAAGUUUGGAGAUUAGCAUAGUGACGAAUGCAAGCAAACAUUUACAUAGAUCUCUAUACUUAUAUACUCAAAUAAACGUUUUUGAAGAAAGA